CGUUCGACGCCGGUCGCGGUCGCACACACACACACAACGGUAUAAUAAUAAUAUUAUUAAGUAUAUCAAAAUAAAAUAAAUACAAUAUAUAUUAUUAUCAUAUUUCGGUUUUUUAAGUGCCGCUUUUUUUAAAAUAUUUUUUUUUGAUUCGAGCAUUUCCCUCCACCGCCCCUCGUUCGCCCGUCGCGUUUAUGGUUUUUUUAGUUUUUUCAACCGUUGAAAUAAAAUUAAAUUCCGAAUCGGUUUGUGCGCAAUUUUUGCGGGUCGGUCGGUCGGUUUUUUUUUGUUUUAAAUUUGGUUUUGCUGUGAAGUAUAUAAUAUAACACCUACUUGCUCGUAUCGGUGUGAACAGAGGAACAUGUCGGCCGAAUCGUACCGAACGGCGGCCAACUGAUACGAAUAAUUCACAACCUAACCGUAACCGCAUAACCGCCCAAAACCACAAUAAGGAUACCCGUAAACGUGCGCACUUUAGGGCGGCAUGGAAAUGGCUGCCGGCAUGGAAGUGGUCGGCGGUGCCGGGGCUCAUCACCACCAUCACCAUCACGCGCCGCACCACCGGAGCUGGUACGACACGCCGACCGCGUCGUCGUCGUCGUGCCGCGACGAGCCGCUAGUGGCCGACAACAUGUCCGACCACAUGAACACGUUCUUCGCGCAUCACCACGCCGGCACCCUGGACGGACACCCGGCCGCCCGGGACUAUCACCAUCACCGGGCCGCGACGGCCGCGGCCGCGUCGCCGUAUCACCGGGACUCGCUCACCGUCACCGCGCGGUACUAUCACCAACAGAUACACUCGCCGUUCGCGCCGCCGCCACCCACCUCGUCGUCGCACGGACCCACGAGGAACAUGUGCAGGCCGUCACACUUUUCCCAUCCGGCGGCCGCCUGGCUUAACGGCGGCACCAACAGUAACGGAAGCAGUGGCGGCGGUAACCAGCUGCAAGACUCCAAGCUGCAGUCGUCGUCUCCGGGCGGCGGCUGGUUUUCCUCGUCGCCCACCGUGGACGACACGCCGGCCAAAGAACUGCAGCACGGCGGCAACGGCGGCGGCGGAGGUGGAGGAGGAGGAGGAGGCGGCGGCGGCGGCGGCGGUGGACACCCGAUGUUCACGUUCCCGCCGACACCGCCCAAAGACAGCACGCCCGACUCGAUGACCACGACCACGACGACGGCCACCAGUUCGUCGUCCUCGUCGUCCAGCAGCAGCGCGGCGGCUGCGGCGGCCGCGGCGGCCGCUUACUCGAUCGCCUCGAUGGGCGUGUUCCUGCACCCGGACAACCACCAGGGAUGCGGCGGCCAGGACGUCAAGCCAUCGAUGCUGUCCGGCGGCGGCGGCGGCGGCGGAUCGUCGUCGAAACAGCGCGAAGGUACCACAGCGGCGUCUUCGGCGUCGUCUUCGGGCGGCGGCUCGUCGCCCGGCAGCUCGACGUCGUCCUCGUUUAACGCGUACCACCUAAACCACGGCCAACACGAGCCGGUGGCCGCGGCCGCGGUGCCGCCCUCGUCCUAUCACUACCCCUAUCACCAUCACCAUUCGGCCAUUGCGCCGGCCGUUUUCUCGCCGGCCAAACACCCCUCGUCCUCAUGCCAUUCGCCCGGCAACAAUGCCAUGAAAUCCGUCACCAGUUCCUCGUCGUCCAGAAAUAAGUCUAGAACGAGCGCCGAAGGACGGGAAUGCGUGAACUGCGGAGCCACGUCGACUCCAUUGUGGAGGAGAGACGGCACCGGACACUACCUGUGUAAUGCGUGUGGCCUCUACUAUAAAAUGAACGGGCAAAACCGGCCUCUGAUUAAGCCCAAGAGACGUCUGUCUCUUCAGUCGGCGGCCCGUAGAGCCGGGACGAGCUGUGCGAAUUGCAAGACUUCCACCACAACUUUGUGGAGAAGAAACCAAAACGGCGAACCCGUUUGCAACGCUUGCGGUCUCUACUACAAACUGCACAACGUGAACCGGCCUUUGACGAUGAAGAAAGAGGGCAUCCAGACGAGGAAUCGCAAACUGUCGUCCAAGUCGAAGAAGAAGAAGGGCUCGAUCAUGGGCGGCGGCGGCGGAGUGGGCGGCGGAAUAGGCGGCGGCGGCGGCGGCGGCGGGCCGGGCGCGUGCCUGUCGCUGUCCGGCAUGAUGCGCGGCGACGGCACCGGCGCCGGUUACCAUCAUCCGGCCUCGGCCGCGCUGCACCCUCACCCGGCCGCUAUGAGCCACUACCAUCACCACGCGGCCGCCGCGGCCGCGGCCAUGUACCACCAUCACCAUCACCACGCCACGUCGGCCGUGGCACAACCGGCCGCGCCGCCCAAUCCCAUCCACCCGCAUCACCAUCACAUGGCGUCGCUCACCGGACUCGGGUUGCCCACCACGUCCAACGCAAUGGCCAGUUGGAGGUCCGAGUACGCGUGAUUAUUAGAUUUGCCGUUCCCCGGGCACACGACCAACCAAAUAAUAUGUAGGGUCGGCGAUCAAUAACAAUAAGAAGAAACAAAGAACAGAAAAUCAUAAAAGGAUAAAAAAAAAAUAUA